AUGCCUGCCUCACACGACGAAGAGUACCACUAUGUGACGACACCAAGCCCGCAAUCGAAGCGCCAUUUUACCAACGCGUUUUCACCGAUCUCUCAGCUUUCUCCUCCUCCAAGAGAAAUCGAAGAUGCAUAUAAACGAAUUGAUGAAGAUGGUGCUCUGGCCGAUCUUGUACGUGACUACAACUGGGACCCGCAACCCAGCGCGCGCUCCGCAAGCCGAAGUCGCCCCUCGUCCUCACGCACAAGGAAUACGAACAGCGGCAAUGCAUAUAUGCAUGGACAAUCAUUUUCCGACGCGGGUUUUGGUGAAGAUCUAGGCGAAUAUCCAACACGCAAGGGCAGGGAUUACACCAAGGAUGAAGAGCGCCUGAAGCGUGUGACAGGCCAACGUUCGCCCGUCUUCAGCAGAGCUCAAGUCGGACGGGAUGCCUUAACGGCAGAUAAUUUGAGAAGACGAAUGGAAGAUAAGAUCGAGGCGGAUCAAUCUGCGCCAGAAGAUCAUUGGAACAGUGUUCCUUCACCUAAUAUACCCACUGGUUGGGGACAUCGUGCAGGUAGCCGGCAAGAAUGGGAAAGAAAGCCUAUCCAGCGCAGUUUUUCCGAAGAACAGGAGGAAAAGGCGCGUCGGCGCUGGUCACCCGCGGAGACCGAACCGACCCGGGCCUCCAAGCCUACGCGUACCUCUCCUGGCUCUCCGGCGCGGAGCCUUCCUGGUAGGAGCGCGCUUGAAGAACGCACCGCCAAUUUGCAUACGCAGGGGAGGCAGCAAGACUUCGGGGAAAACCAAUCUGGUUCAAAGCAAACGUCCCCCACUAUUGGUGGCGAGCAAAUUCCCAAUUCCCCCAUCACAAUCUUCAAAAAUUCGUCAUUCGCAAGGCCCAGUCCUAGCAAGCGCGACUCCCGGGAUUUACUGCGGAAAUUAUCCAGAACAGAAACUCCCAAACUUGACCAAGUCCAAACUCCGGAACCAGUAAAACUAUUCGAGAGAAGGAUCUAUGACAAAACACCCCGGGUAACUGGUGCAUGGAUCGACACUCCUAUGACCCAGCGGGUGGCUGAGAAGGUUGACCUCCCGGAAGAUCUGACGAAAGACAUCAUUCCUCCACGCAAAACCCAAGAUUCGAAGGAUAUCACACCACCUACCAAACCCACAGAUAUUGAAAUCGAAGCCAAGGAACCAAAGCCCAUAAAGACCAUAGAGAAAGAGCAGCUUCCUGAACCACUCUCUGCAAAGCAGUCAAGGCCUCCGUUGUCCCGGCCUCAUUUACCGAAAAGUGGCCUAGAGGCGGUUAUAGAAGAUGCCAACUCCGGCAAAGACGUCGAGUUCGGAGAUGAUACGAUUGAGUCUCUCCAGGCAUUCAUGGAAAAUGGACCGAGUGGACUCAAAAUUGAGGAAGACGACAAAGCCUACGAAGCCGCCGUUCUCGCCGACUUGGACAAGGCCAAUUCGCAAAAGGAUGGUGUGGUCCUAGAUUCAUUGAACCUGAAGCUCAAUAAACUUCACAAACAUAUCGACGAAGUCAGAAAAGAACUUGACGACCUAGAAAACCAUGCCACGCGAGACACUGCCAUUGCAUCGCAGGCAAAAUCUCAAACCAAGGCAAUCCCGAAACCACGCCCAAAUACAGCUGAAACACGCACAGGCUGUACUACGGACUCCGAUGGACGAGUAUAUGCUGCGAUACCUCUUCCUAAGCUAUGGAAGCGAAAUCCGCAAACUCAGCGCCUUCAGAUCACUAAGUUGAGCUGGUUGAUUAUCAUUUCGCUCUCGUGGUAUAUCAUCGAGUGCCUAAUGUGGGAGCAGUACAGUCAUCCGGAAAUAUCCGACAGCUGCGAAGGCUACUGCCUGCAGCCCGAUGCGCCUCUUUUCCCCUGGGUGACUGUCACAAUGCUGUGGCGCUGGACACAUAUGUCCACGCUUGUCACGCCCAUUUUCGCUAUAUGCGUUGCUAUCUCUCGGCUUGUUGCGCAAUUGGUGGGUCUGUCAGAUGGCUACGUGGAUGAUCCGCCAGAGCUUGGAAGCAUGGUCGGGGAAAUCCGAAUCAAUGGGAGUCUAGUUGCACUGCCUUGGCUUUCGGCACCCACAGCUGAGAAUGUUGUGCCUGAGCAGCCUCGGUAUACACCAUAUCCUACGCAACCUGUGCAGCCGGUGCAGCCAGUGCAGCCUGUGUGGUCACCCCAAAAUCCCACCCCACAGAGAUGGGGCACUGAUCAGGUGCCGGGCGAUGAAGCAAUGGAUAAUGAUGAAUAUCUUUAA